CAUGCAUCUAAAGUCCCUGUGGUCCGUGGCGCAUGUGCCAUCCUACUCACUGUUGAUUAAAUAUCGAAUUAAUUUAAUCUCGAUCCACACAUCUCUCCCCACACCUCAAAUACAUAUCCUGAGUUUGAUCUGUGAUGCGCGCUGCUCCUGACGUGUGCAUCCAUUUCUGCGGUUUGGCUUUCUCAUGUUCAACCUGCAUUAUUGAAUUUCCAUAUUUAUAUUUUUUUGCAUUUGUCAGGACAAUUUCACUAUAUAUAUAUAUAUUUUUUUUUUUUAGCAGUUUGAACACUUUUUUUUACUUUCGCCCUUAAAUGUCGAACCCACGGCGACGCGUUGGUGUUGUUCCCAGCGAGGAGCUUACAGGGAGCGGCACGUUCAGAACCCAAAUGCGCAACUUCGACAGCCCAAUCGACGCGCAGCUUCGGCUGAUAGACUCGGGCAAAGCUUUGGAGCGAGCACGCGGCAUCCAGCUUUUGGCCGACCUCCUGGACGAGGACUGGCGGGCAAAGGGCGGCGCAAUGGCAAGCACGCUGGCGCAGUCGACAUGGGAGCAGGUCAUCACAUGUACAGCAGGCAUACUGAUCAAAGAGGCGCAGGUCUUCAUUAACCGGCAUGCGGAGGAGUGGCCGGGCCAAAUGUCGGCAGCUGGCGAUCGGCUGAGCAGCCGGAUCCAAACGCAGUACUCGGUGCACGUGCGGCAUAUCUGGGUCGCCGCCAUGCCCUUUCUGUCGGUGAAGCUGGCGCGGUCCCUGACAAAGCACAUCACAGAGUCGCUGCUCGCAGACCCCUGCCUGGCGCAUGUCGUCGGGCUGGACUACGCCAAGGUGCUGCGUGCCUGGGCGGCCCACGAUCGCCACGUGCUGGCGUGUAAGGAGGUGCGUGCCGAGGCCGCGGUCAGCCUGUGUAUCCGGAGCCUGUCGCGGUUUGGCAGCGGCGCCAUGGCCGACACGCAGGCGUCGACGGAGUCGGCCGUGGCUGCCCAGGGCGUGAUGCCUGGCGACGCUGAGUAUGCCGCCGUGAUGCUGGCGGUUGUCGCCGCGGCGACGCCCGCGCGCAUGGAAAAGCUCGCAGACAGCGUGCUUGGGUUUUGCGCCGAGUAUUGCCGCCACCACACGCGCGAAAACCCCUGCUUCGCGGCCAUCAUUGACUCGGCCACCUCGGUGGUCCUGGCGACCGUCGACGCGCUGGCCAGCGACGACGCCAGUAACAAUGGCGGCGAGCGGAUCUGUGCCAUUCUGGCAUGCUGCCUGCAGCUGUGGACUACGCGCUCGGCACACCUCAAGCGCUCGCUCUUGCAGGCGAUCCGCAUCCUGACCCGCGUCAUGGCCACGGUGGACGAGGGGCGCGGCGGCGAAUCCGAGGCGCGGCCGCUUCUUGAGCUGGCGCUUAAGCAGCUGACAACCGGCGCGUGGGACAAGGCCGGGUUUAUGCGUCUGCCGCGCAGCCUGCUGGGCAUUUGGCCCAUGGUGCAUAGCGGCCCCGAGGGCGCAGCCUCGUGCGAUCCGCGCCAGCCGCUGCAGAAGUUUGGCGCGGUGCUUUCGAUCGUCGACCCGCUGCAGCUGGCGUUCUUCGACACCGUCGGGUUUCUUGUUGCGCACCUGGCAGCCAUGCACUCCAGGCCAUCCGGCGACGCGGUCACGGCUGCGGCCACAGCAACGGCGCACCACCGCAAGAAGCGCACGCGCACUGCGCCAACAGCGCUUGCUCGGAUGCUGGCGGCCAUGUGGUCCGAGGGCUCGCCGGCCAACUCUCGCGGCGCCGCCCAGCUGGUCUGGUACGUGUUUGCGGUCUACGCCGACAAGCUGGGUCCACUCAGGUGCUCCGAGGCGCUGCAGGACAUCAGCCAGCUUGUGCAGGACAGCGACCUGAGCCAGCGCGCGGAUCUCGCCGAAUGGGCGCUGGGGACCAUCCGCCUUCUGCAGCGACGGGGCGCAGCGGGCGCAGUGCCGAGCGAGGGCGGCGCGGCGCCCUGCGAUCCUCUCUGGCAGCAUGCCAUUGCCGGCGUCGAGUCUGCGCUGGCAGGCGCCCCCGGGCUGGUAUUCGACAUGCUGCACCGCUGCCAGGCGCCGGCGCCCAAAGUGCACCAGCUGUGUCGCCAGGCAGCUGCCGCGCUUGAGGCCGGCCCGCCGAGCGCAUACGACAGCCCCGAUGCGCUGCAGCUGGCGCUUCUGCUCACCCAGUACAUGUGCUCGGACGAGAGCCGCUCGCCAGACGGCUGCAUGGCCGGGGUGUGCUUCCGCGCGGCAGCCCAGCUCUGCCAGAACGCUGCCAAGCAGCGGUGGCCGCACCACUUGUUUGCGGCCGUGCUGAGCCGCGCGCUCGGGCUUUCGCAGCUGCCCGGGCCGGCCCACAUGCGCGCCGGCGUGCCCGCGGCCAGCUGGAUCCCGGAGCUGCGUGUCUCCCGAGCGCUGCAGACGCUGGACGCAUACAUUGAUGAUACGCGCGUGUGCCAGCACAUUCUGCGCAGCCACUGCAGUGCCAGCCGGCCGCCGCCCGAGCCGCCGUCCGAGCCGCCGUCCGAGCCGCGCGCGCCCGAGCUAUCGGCGCUCUCGCCAGCCCAGUGGUAUCUGGUUGGGCAGAGGCUGCUGAAAUGCAUCGAGCAGUGCACCGAGAACGAGUACGCGCCGGUCUCUCGCUCGGCCGUGCCGUACAUUGCACACACGCUGUGGCAGAUCUCCACGCACGUCGACACGGCCCAGCAGUCGCUAUUGCGCGUGGGCGGUGCCAAUGGCGCGUCGCUUGCAGUGCAGAUUGCCGACGGCUUUUGCGAGCGGCUGGUGGCCUUUGCGACGGACGCCAAGCAGCCCGAGCUUUUGUGGCAGACGCUGGCUUUUAUCUCGCCGUGGUCCCGCGGCUACUCGCGCCUUGCCGGCCUCGAUUCGCUGGUGGCCGGGCUACUGGCCGCUGUGUUUGCGCCAGCCAACCCCGACUUGCUCUGUGGCCUGGCUCUUGGCAGCCCUGCGCACGGCUUGGCAGGGGGCGGUGCGCUCGCCGAGAACCUCGACGUUUUGGAGUCGCAGGUGUCUUCGGCCACCGAGGCCAACCAGCGCAUGCAGCAGAUGCAGCUGGACCGCGGGGAAAAGAAGGAUUACGCCACGGCGCUCGAGACGUACAUGCUAGCGGCUGCGUCCGGCCACCUGCAGGAGCCCUGGACGCAGGCAGUCCGGGUCCUCCAGGCGCUGGCUAGCCACCGCGACACGCUCGCUGCAGAGCUUGCCUCGCUGCUGCCCAGGCUGGUCGACACGCUGGAGGGCGCACCGCUGCUCGUGGCCAGCGGGUUUGCCGCCGAAUGCAUCAUGCUCAGCACGCCAUCGUCGAGGCCGGCCCUUUUGGCCAGGCUGAAGGCGCGGAUGCUUGCGUUUUUAGAGUCGCCCAGCCACACUGGCCAUAUGCCGACGCUGUUCAGCGUUCUGCAGACCGUGUGCCUGCUGAUCCGCGUCUCCGAGCACGGCGAUGGCGGCGAGAUGGACGAGGACCUGCCGCGCUUUGUCGCGUGGAUAAUGGAGGACGCCCGCAACGGGCUGGUGGACGCAGCUGUCGAAAUGCACCUUAUGCGGGCGGUCGUCGGGCCCUGGGGCAGGCGCGAAAGCCGGGCAAUGUGCCGCGCGCUCUCGAUCAUCGAGGCCCAGCCAACGGACUUUCUGGUGUAUCGCACGCAGACUGCCGCCACAUUCGCAGUGCGCAUGGCCGCCGAAGAGCAGCUGGCAGAGUACGGCCUGGCCCUCCCCCACCUGCUUGCCGACGGCAGCAUCGAGUACCCCGAGGCACCCGUGGCCAGCGCCGACAACGCCUUGACGCUUAUGACGCGCGACAUUGGCUUGGCAAUGCUGGUCUGUAGCUCGCAGACCGUGGCGCCCGGCGCGCUGCGUAUUCUGAUCAUGCAGGUUUGCCACCAGGGCGUCUGCUCGCCGCAGGUCGCGAGCCUGUGCCGCCGCUUGUUGCGCAGUAUCGCCGCGCUGAUGGGCUUUGGAACGCUUGAGCGGAUGGCCGGCGAAUGCGGCGCGGAUAUCCUGAGCAUUGAUCCUGGGCUUCUCGACUCGCUCUCUGCGCUGGCGCCCUCGGCGGUGCCGCGGCUGGCCACGGACGCUGCGGUGGAGCACACGCUACAGGGCCUCCGCGGUGCUGUCGAAGCUGCCGGCCGUCACGGCCGGGAGCGCAAGUCGCAUGUACGCCCAUGCUAUGGUUCUGUCGGCCAGCGACGCGAGGUUGUUUGCAUCAGCCUACGCGCAGAUCCUGGUACCGUGUUUCUCGGAAGCGCGCCUGGCGGACAUGCUUGA